GCCCGGCCUGGAGCCCAGGUGCCGUUUGUGACCCUUUUUUUUUUCUUUUUAAACGUCCCGUCCCGGGAAGAAGGCGGCCAUGGGGCUCCCCAGCCUGGAGAAGAUGGUCCAGCUGCAGAAGCGCACGGCCAACAUCAGGAACAUCUGCGUCCUGGCGCACGUCGACCACGGAAAAACUACUUUGGCUGACUGUCUUAUAUCUAGCAAUGGAAUCAUCUCCAGCCGCCUGGCAGGCAAGUUACGGUACAUGGACAGCAGAGAAGAUGAACAGAUCCGAGGCAUCACUAUGAAAUCCAGUGCCAUUUCCCUGCAUUAUGCAGAAGGUAAUGAGGAGUACCUGAUUAACCUGAUAGACUCUCCAGGACACGUGGACUUCUCCUCCGAAGUGUCGACGGCUGUUCGCAUCUGCGAUGGGUGCAUCAUUGUGGUCGAUGCUGUGGAAGGAGUCUGUCCACAGACACAGGCAGUUCUGCGACAAGCCUGGCUCGAAAAUAUCCGCCCAGUGUUGGUGAUAAAUAAGAUAGAUCGCUUGAUAGUGGAACUGAAAUUCACCCCACAGGAGGCCUAUUCUCACCUCAAGAAUAUUUUAGAGCAGAUUAAUGCGCUCACGGCAACUCUUUUUACUUCUAAAGUCCUAGAAGAAAGAGCAGAGAGAGAAAGCGAAUCCCAGGGGAACCCAAACUCUGACCCAGCAGAGCAAGUGUAUGACUGGAGCGCUGGCUUGGAGGACACGGAUGACUCUCACCUGUACUUCUCUCCAGAUCAGGGGAACGUGGUGUUCACUAGUGCCAUAGACGGGUGGGGCUUCGGAAUUGAGCACUUUGCCAAAAUCUACAGUAAAAAAAUUGGCAUAAAAAGGGAAGUUCUUAUGAAAACAUUGUGGGGAGAUUAUUACAUAAAUAUGAAGGCUAAGAAGAUUAUGAAGGUUGACCAGGCAAAAGGAAAGAAACCAUUAUUUGUACAGUUGAUCCUGGAAAAUAUAUGGAGUUUGUAUGAUGCUGUCUUGAAAAAGGACAAAGAAAAAAUUGAUAAAAUAGUGACUUCUUUAGGAUUAAAAAUUGGAGCCCGGGAGGCACGACAUUCAGACCCUAAAGUCCAGAUCAGUGCCAUUUGCAGUCAGUGGCUACCCAUAUCCCAUGCUGUUCUUGCUAUGGUGUGUCAGAAACUUCCCAGUCCCCUUGAUAUGUCGUCCGAGAGAGUGGAGAAGCUGAUGUGCUCAGGAUCACACACGUUUGACUCCCUUCCGCCAGAAACCCAGGCACUGAAAGCAGCUUUUAUGAAAUGUGGAAGUGAAGACACUGCUCCAGUUAUUAUCUUUGUUUCCAAAAUGUUUCCAGUUGAUGCUAAAGCUUUGCCUCAGAAUAGGCCAAGACCUCUCACUCAAGAAGAAAUUAUGCAGAGGCGUGAGCGUGCAAGACAAAGGCACGCAGAGAAGCUCGCAGCAGCACAGGGCCAGUCCACCUCCGACGGGAGUGCCCUUGGAGCAAGUCCAGAGGGAGAAGAGCCGACAGGGAGAGAGCAGCAGGUGGAGAGCAUGGCCCCUAAGCCUGUGCCAGAGGAAGAAGACAACCAAGAGACGUUUAUCGCGUUCGCUCGGGUGUUUAGUGGUGUGGCUCGAAGAGGAAAGAAAAUUUUUGUCUUGGGGCCCAAAUACAGUCCUGUUGAGUUUUUGCAACGGGUGCCACUAGGCUUCUCAGCUCCACUAGGUGACCUUCCUCCUGUCCCCCACAUGGCCUCCUGCACUCUGGAGCACCUGUAUCUCCUGAUGGGAAGGGAGCUGCAAGAUCUAGAGGAGGUGCCUCCAGGAAACGUGCUAGGAAUAGGGGGCCUUCAAGACUUCGUGCUGAAAUCCGCAACGCUGUGUAGCCUGCCCUCCUGCCCGCCGUUCAUACCACUCAACUUCGAAGCCACCCCGAUUGUGAGGGUUGCUAUUGAGCCCAAACACCCAAGUGAGAUGCCUCAGCUCGUCAAAGGAAUGAAGCUGUUAAACCAAGCUGAUCCCUGCGUCCAGAUUUUAAUUCAGGAAACGGGAGAGCACGUUUUAAUCACAGCGGGGGAAAUCCACCUUCAGCGUUGCUUGGAUGACUUAAAAGAAAGGUUUGCAAAGAUUCAGAUCAGCGUGUCUGAGCCCAUUAUCCCAUUCAGAGAAACAAUCACAAAGCCGCCCAAGGUGGACAUGGUCAAUGAAGAGAUAGGCAGACAGCAGAAAGUUGCCAUCAUACACCAAACGAAAGAAGACCAAAGCAAAAUCCCGGAGGGGAUCCAGGUGGACUCCGACGGGCUAGUCACCAUGACAACUCCCAAUAAACUGGCUACGCUUAGUGUUCGGGCCCUGCCCCUUCCAGAGGAUGUCACUCGAAUUCUGGAAGAAAACAGCGAUUUGAUCCGCUCUAUGGAGCAGCUGACAUCGUCUUUGAAUGAGGGCAGGAACACUCGGGUGAUUGACCAGAAGACCCAAGAGAAAAUGUGGGAAUUCAAAGGAAAACUAGAGCAAUACCUCACAGGGAGGAAAUGGAGGAACACUGUUGACCAAAUCUGGUCAUUUGGCCCAAGAAAAUGUGGGCCCAACAUAUUAGUGAAUAGAACUGAAGAUUUUCAGAACUCCGUGUGGACAGGCCCCGCCGGCAAAGCUUGCAAAGAAGCCAGUAGAUACCGAGAUGUGGGGAACAGCAUCGUGAGUGGCUUCCAGCUAGCAACUCUCUCUGGCCCCAUGUGUGAGGAGCCUCUCAUGGGUGUCUGUUUUGUUCUGGAAAAAUGGGACCAAAGUAAAUGUGAGGAACAAGGGGUUAGUGAAAAACAGAAUCAAGAUCUGGUACAAGAGGGACGGGGGGCGGGGGUAAGCUGUCCUCCGGGCGAUGAGAAGGAAGAGCUGCAAGACGGCCACUGCGAGCCCUUCGAGAAGAGGGCUUCCCAGAAAGGAGAGUCUUCCCUCCCCGACUGCUACGGACCCCUGUCAGGGCAGCUGAUCGCCACCAUGAAAGAAGCGUGUCGCUACGCACUGCAGGUGAAACCUCAGCGUCUGAUGGCAGCUAUGUACACGUGCGACAUCAUGGCCACCAGCGAUGUUCUUGGUCGGGUCUAUGCUGUCUUGUCAAAGAGAGAAGGUCGAGUGCUGCAAGAAGAAAUGAAAGAAGGCACGGACAUGUUCAUCAUCAAGGCUGUGCUGCCUGUUGCCGAAAGCUUUGGCUUUGCCGAUGAAAUCAGGAAGCGGACGAGUGGCCUGGCCAGCCCGCAGCUGGUAUUCAGCCACUGGGAGAUCAUUCCCAGUGACCCCUUCUGGGUGCCGACCACCGAGGAGGAGUACCUGCACUUCGGGGAAAAGGCUGAUUCUGAGAACCAGGCCCGGAAGUACAUGAACGCGGUACGAAAACGGAAGGGCCUCUGCGUGGAAGAAAAGAUUGUGGAGCACGCAGAGAAGCAGCGAACUCUGAGCAAGAACAAGUAACUCCUGGUGGUGGAUUCUCUCUCUAAUAAAUUAGAAGGGCCCCAGGGCUGACCCUGGAAAACUUGUUCCUGCUGCAUUAUCUCUGUGCACUGUCAAUCUAAUCGGCCCGUACAAGGGCUUGAAAGGGGCCAUUAGAGAACAUGUUUCCUGGGUGGUUUUUCAUUAAUUCUGGCACAAGGCAGUGGUGACUUACUACCACCUGUGCGUAACCCAGGGCAGGGCGGCUUGUUCUGUGCGGGGGCGUGGCGUGCAGCGUCCUCGACCCUGGGCAGCCGCGCCUCUGUCUGCCGUCAGGGUCACACCCCCCUGGCAUCGUACACGUGUGCUGUAGCUCAUCAUUGAGUCCCAGUGCCCAGCAUCGUCUAGAGAGACCACGUCCCCGAGGCCCACCUGCCUUUAAUUAGUUCAUCCAAGUCACUGUUAGAGCUGGUCCAUCGUAUGGUUUAUCUGCCUGGAAAACAAUGCGAUGCUCAUUGGUUAGCCUUUAAACCUGUUCCAUGUUCUCUCAUAAAUUGCAUCACUCGUAUUUAAAUAAGUGUUAAUGAAAGUUAUGCUUGAUACCUUUUUCUUUAAAAAAAGUAAAUUUUUGUGAUGUUCUCAGCUA